AUGCCCAAGCCAGCUGCCCUCAAACUGAAGAAGACGCUGGACAGGGACCAGGGUCGCAACUACAAACUUGAGAAACAGAAGAAGUUGCAGAAGGAAGCUGAGAAGCGCAAACGCCAAAAGCAGCGAUCUGAGAUCGAUGUGGAUGCGCUGGAGCAUGCGAUCAGUGACGAGGAAGUAGAAGAGGAGGUGCAGUCUGCUGCAGAGCGCAAGAAGGAGAGCAAAGCAGCAAAGAAAGCGGCAAUGGCUGAGGCAGUCAACGGCGAGGCCGAUGGCUGGGAGACGGAGGAAAGUCAAGAUGCCGAGGACGAAGAUGCAGAGGAUGCGGAAGGUGGAGCUGAGGUAGAGGGCGAGAUGGAGGACGAGUCAGAAUCGGAUUCCGAGCUGGGCGACAACGACGUGGACGAAGACGACGAGGACAUUCCACUUUCCGACAUCGAAUCUCUCGCGUCGGAAGACAGAGCAGACGUGAUACCACACCAACGACUCACCAUCAACAACACUGCUGCUCUCCAACGAUCUCUCAAGUCCUUUGCCCUACCCUCGAGCUUACCUUUCUCCGCCAACCAAACAGUCGUCUCGACCGAGCCUGUGCAGAUCGCCGACGUCGACGAUGACCUCAAUCGCGAACUUGCAUUCUACCGACAAUCACUGGAUGCUGUGACUGAAGCGAGAAGUAGACUGAAGAAGGAGGGUGUGCCAUUCAGCAGACCGACAGACUAUUUUGCAGAGAUGGUCAAGUCGGAAGAACAGAUGGGCAAAGUGCGGGCAAAGAUGUUGGACGAGGCAGCGAGGAAGAAGGCCAGCGCAGACGCGAGGAGGCAGCGAGAUCUCAAGAAGUUCGGCAAGGCUGUGCAGGUUGCUAAGCUCCAAGAGAGGCAAAAGGAGAAGACGAAGACCUUGGACAGGAUCCAAACGCUCAAGCGGAAACGACAAGGAGCAGACCUCACAGCCAACGAAGACGACAGAUUCGACGUCGCACUCGAAGAUGCCGCAACAACACAAAGCAAAGACCGAGCAGCGAAGCGCGCCAAGGGCGCUGCAGAUGGUCCAAAUAGGAAGAGGCAAAAGAAGGAUGAAAAGUUCGGCUUCGGUGGCAAGAAGAGAUUCUCGAAGAGUAACGACGCAAAAUCGACGAACGAUGAUAGGAGCUACUCGCAGAAACGCAUGAAGAGUGGUGGGAAGGGAGGAAAGCCACGUCCUGGCAAGAGCAAGAGGGCGAAGAUGUGA